AUGGAUAAUCAAGCAUUCCAAACCCAUCGAGCUCAACAUAACGACUACGGUUUUCAUGAUUUCAUCAAUGAAGGCAAUCUUGGGCAGUUCAUCGAUCUUGUUAGAGGGGAAAAUGCAGAACCCAUUACCAAUUUCAACUCAAAUACUUAUGAUGCAGCGGCGGAGUUCAUGUAUUGUGGUGGCGGAUUGGUUGAUAAUCAAUUCUAUACUACCAAUUCCCAACAACCACAAGGGGACGGCGUGUUUGAUUUCAACUCCCUCGGUAAUUCAGAGCCAAAUUAUAUUCUCGAUUCAUUGCCGCUCAUCGGUGAAGAAAACGAAGUUGAGAUGGAAGACGAUGAUGAGAAUGACGAGGACGAUUCAUCUGUGACGACGAGCACUGGACAGGUGAAGAGAUCAUCGAAUAAAGCUGAUCGUUCAAAGACCUUGAUUUCGGAACGGCGGCGAAGAGGUCGAAUGAAGGAGAAGCUCUAUGCUUUGCGAUCCUUGGUACCCAACAUUACUAAGAUGGACACUGCAUCCAUAGUAGGGGAUGCAGUGGAAUACGUGACAAACUUGCAAAUGGAAGCUAGGAAGCUAAGUGUUGAAAUUGCAGAACUCAGAUCAUCGCUUGAAGAUGGAGUAGGGAAACCAAAUGAUUUGGGUGAUAUUACAAAGAAGGCCCAAGCUGGAACAGAGAAGAAGUAUCCAAGUUCCAAGAAGAUAGUGCAGAUGGAUGUGUUUCAAGAAGAAGAAAAAGGUUACUACGUGAGAUUGGCAUGCAACAAGGGAGAAGGUGUAGUAGUAGCUCUUUACAAGGCACUUGAGUCCCUAACGCGAUUCGAUGUACAAAGAUCAAACUUUGUUGUGGCUUCUGACAAAACCGUAAUGACAUUUAAGCUCAAUGGGAAAGAAUGUGGGGAGGAGAUGAACAUGUCCACAUUGAAGAUAUGGGUGACUGGGGCUCUUCUCAACCAGGGAUUCGAAUUCAUUACUCCUGUAGCUUCUGAAAUCUCUCUUUCUGUAUGA